AUGGCAAAUAAAAWAGGACCAGAAGCAUUAGAUAAAACGUUACAAGAUUUUAAGAAAAAUAAUUUUAUAAUGGGGAAAGUAAUAGUCAUUCUAACUGGUGAUUUUAGACAAACAUUACCAAUAAUUUCAAGAGGAACACCAGCUGACCAAAUACAUGCAUGUCUAAAAAAUUCUUAUUUAUGGAAACAUGUGAAAAUAAUUACAUUAAAAAAUAAUAUGAGAGUAUUUCUWACAGGUGAUACUAAUUUAGAGAAUUUUUCAAGACAGUUAAUACUUCUGGGAGACGGAAAAUGGGAAAGAAAUGCAGAUGACACGAUCACAUUUCCAUCUAAUUUUUGUCAUAUCUUAGAUUCAGUUCAUUCAUUAAUAAUCCAUGUUUAUCCUGAUAUAGACAAAAAUUAUAUCAGUCAUGAAUGGUUAUGUGAAAGGGCUAUACUAGCGCCAAAAAAUGACAGAGUUAAUACGAUCAAUAAUGACAUAUUAAACUCUAUUCCAAGGGUAUGUAAAUCGUACAAAUCAAUUGACACUGUAUGUCAUCCUGAACAUGCUAUAUACUACCCUAUGGAAUUUUUGAAUUCUUUAGAAAUAUCAGGCUUACCAUCUCAUAUAUUAACGUUGAAAAUUGGUGCACCAAUAAUGGUUUUACGAAAUCUCAAUCCACCUAAAUUAUGCAAUGGUACUCGAUUAUGUGUGAAGACAUUAAAAAAUAAUAUAAUUGAAGGUAUAAUAUUAACAGGAUGUGGAAAAGGAGAAUAUCACAGAAUAGAAUCUCUUCUUCCAUAUGAUUGUGAAUCAUCAUUUUUACAAAUAUUUUUAUUGGUGAUGAUGAUAUACAAUCACAACGUAGAUGUUCGAUCGUUCCCAAUGUGCAACACAAAAUAG